AGUCUCAGACAGGAGUUCCGCGUUUUGAAAGCAGCUUCGGACGGAGCGUCAGCUCGGCGAAGCUCCGACUUUAACGGCUUAUAGCCGUUAAAAACACGGUAAUAAAACCGGUGACAGCGUAAAUAUUUAUCUCCGGGCCGCGGAACGACGACAGAGCCGUUGACCGGAGGCCGAGCAGCGGAGACGCGAUGAGCAGCAGCAGCAGCAGCCCAGCGUCGGUGCAGAUGGACGAGGUCCGGAGAAGAGCCCAGUCGCUGCUCUCCUCCUCGGGUUCUGCUCAGGACGUGAGGGCUGAAGUCCAGACGAUGGCGGCCAUCCCGCUGCCUCUGUCGGAGAAAUACCGUCACUUCAUGGUGGAGGCCAUGCUGAGGGAGAACACGGCUGAUCGCAACAAACACGAGGUCCUGGAGUCCUUGAGCAGACUGGUCAAGGCCUUGAGCAUCCUGGAGAAGUACGGCUGUAACCUGACCAGUCCGACCAGGCCCAGAUACUGGAGGAGCGUCAAACACAACAACCCCGUCUUCAGAACCACCGUGGAUGCCAUCAAGGGAGGCCGGAGAGUCCUGUAUCUGUACGGUUACACCAACCAGCAGGUGGACGGCCUCAGUUUUCCAGACGAUGUCACUGAACCAGACACUGAGAAGGUCGCCGCGGUGACGCUGGAGGUCAUGACGCUGCGCUCCGAAGUGGACAUGAUAGUGAAGGGAACCCAUCCUCACGUAGAACACUUCAGAGAUAUCAUCCCAUUUGUCAUCCAGCAGAAUAAACCGGUCGGUGACUCGUUGGUUGUUUUACCCAAAGAGGAGCAGCAGGUCGACAAACCUCCGAUCGCGUCUCCUCUUCCUCUUCCUUCUCCUCCUCUUCCUCCAGCUAAACCUCCUCAGAGUCCAGCGAUCGCACAGAUCCAGAAACCAGCAGCAGCCUCUCCUGCAGCCGAUCAGUGUAAUUUGUGCGGCGGCGCUUCGUCUCUGCUCUGCCCGUCCUGCGACAGUCAGCCUUUCUGCGACGCCUGCGACGACCGCUACCACCGGCACCCGUCCAGAGCCAGCCACAAGAGAGACAAGAUCCAGAAAACCAAACAGGAGACGUGCAGCAUCUGCGGUACUGCCGUCGUCCACGCUCAGUGCUCCACCUGCAUCCAGAGGUUGUGUCUGAACUGCGACCGGCUGUUUCACUCCCAUCCGGACCGCAAAGGACACAACAGAACCACAGUCACACCUGCAAAGACGUCCAGUCCGUCUCUGUCGCCGUGGGAAUGUGCUCACUGCACCAUGGUGAACGAGAUGCGAGCCGUUCUCUGCAUGACCUGCGAACGUCCUCGACUCGCCACGGCUGCAGCCACCGUUCAGGAGAAUCCCAUGUCGGUUCCUUCGUCUCCAAACACAGAGUGGCAGUGUAAAAGCUGCACGGUGGUGAAUCAAGGCAGCAGCAUCCUCUGUGAGGUGUGUGAGCGCCCCCGUCUGGCCACUCGGCCGCCCGUCGCCCCGGUUCUGUCUGACUCUGGAACUAAGUGGACCUGCCAGUUCUGCACCUACGUUAACUCCAAGCCCUCGGCGGCUUGCGAGAUGUGCAGCUUGUCCUGCAAAGACUCGGCGGGAGUUUCCCUGCCUCAGUCCCUGCAGCAGACGCCGUCCAGCAUCAAGAAUCCUCCUCAGCCGAGUCUGAAGCCUCAGGCGAAGCCCAGAGUCAACGUGGAGCUGAAGAGGCAGAACACGAUGAGGGAGGACGGACUCGCGCUCGUCCACCAGAUAAGAGAAGCAGAGAAGCGAGACGUCAGCCCGGAGGAAGUGUACGCCGCUCUAUGCGUGUGCGGCGGCAGCAACGUCAACCCCUGUGAUUGGCUGACGUCGGAGCUUCCUCACCUGCUGGAAGAAAUCUGCGCGAUGGCCGAAUCCGUCCAGCUGAACUACAGAACGGGGAACGCUGGGACGCAGCCGGAGGUGGAGCGAGACGGAGGGGAGGCGAAGCAGAGCGGCCAGAACGCCGCCGGCGACGGCAUGAAGCUCUCCAGAGCCGAGGCCAAGCUGGCCUGGUUGGCAGCUGGAGGCGACACCGACAGAGCAGUGAGACAGCUGCUGAGAGAUCGACAGGUCAAGAUGAGGGAGCUCCACUCUCUGGGCUUCAGAAAUGUCUCCCAGUGUGAGGAGGCCCUGAGGCAGAGCGGAGGUGAGGUGAAGGGGGCUCUAUCUCUGCUGCAGCGCCCCGUCCUGGAGCCUUUCCACCAGCGCAUCUGGGCCGACCAGCCGGAGCCACCGAUCGAUCCCAAACACCCGGACAAACAGAGGAUGUGCAGGCGUCUCCUGGCGUUGUACAACCUGCCCAGCUGGGGGCGCUGCGAGCUCGUCCUGUCGCUGCUGCAGGAGCCGGACGUCACCUACUCCCUGGAGGAUGUGGUUCAGGCCGUCAAGGAGUCGCACGACAAGGACUUCAUCAGGCGUCUGCUCAACAACGAGUGCCCCUGUUGUCUCAGCAUCUUCCCUCGUGGCAAGAUGCAGUCUCUGACGUCCUGCCAGUGCUCCGUUUGCCACGACUGUUUCCGGCAGCACUUCACCAUCGCCGUCAGAGACAAACACAUCCGAGACAUGGUGUGUCCCGUCUGCAGCGAACCGGACAUCAACGACCCCGAGCAGCUGGACAGCUACUUCUCCACGCUGGAUAUACAACUGAGGGACUGUCUGGAGGGCGACGUCUACGCCUUGUUCCACCAGAAGCUGACUGAACACGCCCUAAUGAACGACCCCAAGUUCCUCUGGUGUUGCCACUGCAUCUCCGGGUUUAUCAACGACGGAGACCAGCUGAAGGUCACCUGCCCGUCCUGCCGCAAGAGUUUCUGCGCUCAGUGCAAGAAACCCUGGGAGCCUCAGCACCAGGACGUGACCUGCGAACAGUUCCAGCAGUGGAAGAGGGAGAACGACCCUGAGUACCAGAGGCAGGGUCUGGCCGGAUACCUGAGAGACAACGGCAUCACUUGUCCUCACUGCAGGUUCCAGUACGCUCUGACCAAAGGCGGCUGUAUGCACUUCAGCUGCUCCCAGUGCAGAUACCAGUUCUGCAGCGGCUGCAACAACCCCUACCACAAGACGGUGUGUAAGACGCCUCAGUGCAGCUACCAUGGCCUUCACGCUCACCACCCUCGAGACUGUCUCUUCUACCUCCGAGACUGGGAGCCCAACAGGCUGCAGGCGCUGCUGCAGAGGUGCGGUGUGGACUUCAACACAGAUCCCUCCAAUGGAACUCAGACAAAUGCUUGUGGUGUGAUCGAGCAGAAAGACGAAGGCGGCACACCGGAGGAUUCAGAGUGCGGCAUCCAGACUCAGCCGGGACAAGCUGGACUCUGCGAGAAACACUACAGAGAAUACCUGGUGAGCCUGAUCAACGCUCACUCUCUGGAUCCAGCGCUGCUCUACGAGCCCCACGAGCUGAUUCGGGCCUGUGAGAGAUACCUGGUGGACAAACAGAGAGCUGACAACGAGGAGGACAACGUCUACCACGCCAGACUGCUCAAGUUGCUGAAGUCACCACAUGGGUGGAGCCAAGGCGGAGUCUGGGUGGAGUCAGGGCGGAGAGUAGGUGGGGAGGUGGGUGGCGGCCUCCCCCCUCUACUCCCCCACCUCCCCACACCACCCACCACACCUUCCCCCGCCCCAUGAGUUCUUCGAGUCUUCACGAGUUCUUCGAGUCUCCAUGGGUUUUCCCCAGUUUCUGGAGUUUCCACCAGGUCAGAGGCAGAACAAGUUGUCAUGAAGAGGUGUUGAAGUCGGCCAGGAUGGACUGACUUUUUACAGCGACUAGAAGGAAGACCACUAGAAGAGCAGGUCUUUAACCACCAUCCAUAAAAUCCAUGGAGUCGGCUCCAGAGAAAUGAAGGGAGGUCAACUUUUAUCAACCUCCAUCCAGAUGUUCAACUUGAUAUCUUUACUUGGACAUUUUUAGCACCACAAACCUUUAGUAUCACACUUUAUUAUCAUUUAUUAGGACUUUAACGGAAUCCACCAGCAGAUUUACUUUUUGUUGACAAACUUUAUUCUUGUCGUUGUGGGACUGCAGUAUUUAAAACUCUUCCUUCUAUUUCACCUCAUGUUUAUUAGUUUUAGUGGAGAAACUUAUUUUAAUUGUCCAUUAGUCUCUUAAAAAACAAAUAAUAAAUUGGAUUAGUCAAGAGCUUUAAAUUUCUUACUGUCAUAUUUCAAAUUGGACAAAAAAUAUAUAAAAAUAAAGCGUCUUGAGGCAAUUUGACCUGUAAUUGGCGUUAUAUGAAUAAAAUUGAAUUAAAAUUCUAUGUAUCUUGUAAUGUUGGAGUAAUUCAGCCAUAUAUGUUGGAAAACACAUUUUCUUUGUCCAUUAAUCUGUUGAUUGUUUUCUCCAGUGAUUCAUUUCUUGUUUUGGUUUAUAAAAUGUCAAACCCAAAUAUAUUCAGUUUACUGUCAUAAAAACCAAAAAGAUUUACAUUCAUGAUGCAGGAAUCAGGCAGUUUUUCACUUUUUAUCUUAGUUUAGUCAGAAAGAUAGUUGAUAAUGUGUGAAUUGUUGCAGCUUGUGAGCCGUAAAAGGUUUUAAUCUUUGGGGCCGAGUGUCAAAAAACAUUUAGAAACCAACAUCAACAAAACACUCAACAAAGAUUUGAACAUCAUUAAAGGGAAAUCCAACUUUUGCAUGACAAUGUCUAAUUAAAGGACAUUUAUUUCCAACGUAAAUGUGUGAUAUUCAUCCUCUGGAGCUUUCUCUUCACAUCAUCUUCCACCUGGACUGCUUUGGUCAGGAGCAUGUGCAACAAACACUUGAGAAACUGCACUUUAACA